AUCAGCCGCCUCCAGCCUUCUGCAGCAGCAGCUGCGAGCGCGCGCGUGUGGGUGUGCGGGUGAGUGCGCUGGAGCCGGCCGCAGUACCCUGCCCAGCUCCCCGCCGGCUCCCUAGCCCCCACCAACCGGAGCCGCCCUCCCGUGGGACCAGCACCCUCACCCGCGCCGGGCCAGGCUGAAUCCUGCCCCUGCCAUCUCGCCACUGCAGCCCAGGUCCAGAAAGGCACCAUUUUGUCGCGGCUGCCCGCUCUCCCAGGGGGAGGAGGGAUUUUUUUUUUUUUUUUUUUUACAUUUUCGGAGCGGCUGCCAACAAGGGGAACCUGUUGGGCAUCUCCCUAGCCCCGCUUGUGAGCGCCGCCGGGGCAGCGGGCGGAACCAGCCCCCUCGGGGCACGGCGCAUCUUGGCACCGGAGGCAGCGGAGGCAGGCGCAGCAUCCUCGCUGGGAAUUGGAGCUGGAGUGAGCGCACCGCGGGAGGAGCCGCCGCAGCCUCGGAGAUCCCGAGUGGAGGAGGUGACAGCUCCAUUGCCGGGUUUUUAUUUUUUUUUCUCUCCGCCUCCCCGUCUCCUCCUCAGGCUCGGACCAUGGUGCAGUCCCACUGGCUCCCCUGCCCCCCUCUCCUGUGAGACUGGCUGCGGGGAGGGAUCAUGGAUACUUGUCUGCCGGCUUCUGGUUCCCACGCAAGUAAGCCUGCUGUCAAUGGAGGAGGACAUUGAUACCCGCAAAAUCAACAACAGUUUCCUGCGCGACCACAGCUAUGCGACCGAAGGAGCCAAGGGAGAACCCAAGACAGAGACUAGUGGCACAAUAAUAAUGAAGCAUGAAUUAUCCAGAUGAAAGCACCUAUGGAACCAAAGCUGACAUUAUCUCUACGGUAGAAUUCAACCACACGGGAGAAUUACUAGCGACAGGGGACAAAGGGGGUCGGGUUGUAAUAUUUCAACGAGAACAGGAGAGUAAAAAUCAGGUUCAUCGUAGGGGUGAAUACAAUGUUUACAGCACAUUCCAGAGCCAUGAACCUGAGUUCGAUUACCUGAAGAGUUUAGAAAUAGAAGAAAAAAUCAAUAAAAUAAGAUGGCUCCCUCAGCAGAAUGCAGCCUACUUCCUCCUGUCUACUAAUGAUAAAACUGUGAAGCUGUGGAAAGUCAGCGAACGUGAUAAAAGACCAGAAGGCUACAAUCUGAAAGAUGAGGAAGGCCGGCUUCGGGAUCCUGCCACCAUCACAACCUUGCGGGUGCCCGUCCUGAGACCUAUGGACCUGAUGGUGGAGGCCACCCCACGAAGAGUAUUUGCCAAUGCACACACCUAUCACAUCAACUCCAUAUCAGUCAACAGCGACUAUGAAACCUACAUGUCAGCUGAUGACCUGAGGAUUAACCUGUGGAACUUUGAAAUAACCAAUCAAAGUUUUAAUAUCGUCGACAUUAAGCCAGCCAACAUGGAGGAGCUCACGGAGGUGAUCACAGCAGCCGAGUUCCACCCCCAUCACUGCAACACCUUCGUGUACAGCAGCAGCAAAGGGACCAUCCGGCUGUGUGACAUGAGGGCGUCAGCCCUGUGCGACAGGCACACCAAAUUUUUUGAAGAGCCGGAAGAUCCAAGCAACAGGUCAUUUUUCUCUGAAAUUAUCUCUUCAAUUUCGGAUGUGAAGUUCAGCCACAGUGGGAGAUAUAUCAUGACCAGGGACUAUCUGACCGUAAAAGUCUGGGAUCUCAACAUGGAAAACCGCCCCAUCGAGACUUACCAGGUUCAUGACUACCUCCGUAGCAAGCUGUGCUCCCUCUACGAAAACGACUGCAUUUUUGAUAAAUUUGAGUGUGUCUGGAAUGGGUCAGACAGUGUCAUCAUGACCGGCUCCUACAACAACUUCUUCAGGAUGUUCGACCGAAACACCAAGCGUGAUGUUACCCUGGAGGCCUCAAGGGAAAACAGCAAACCCCGGGCUAUCCUAAAACCACGGAAAGUGUGCGUGGGGGGCAAGCGGAGAAAAGACGAGAUCAGUGUGGACAGCCUGGACUUUAGCAAAAAGAUCUUGCAUACAGCUUGGCAUCCUUCAGAAAAUAUCAUAGCAGUGGCGGCUACAAAUAACCUAUAUAUAUUCCAGGACAAGGUUAACUAGAAGGACAAGUUAUUAUUACUUAAUAAUCUCACAUAUUGAAUACUAGUCAAACACGUUUUUAAAUGUUUCUUUGGGUCUUUAUUUGAUGCACUGACUUUAAUUUCCCUAUGCAGAAAACAAUUGGGAUGACAUUGAAAGGAGUCCAACUUUCCCAAAUCCCCCGUUCUAAGAAACUUUUGUUCCACCCAGUAAGUCCCGGGACAAUUCUGUUUAGAAUUGAGAGCUGCCAGCUACCAGUAAUUCUUCCAUAGUUGACCUGAAUUUCUGAUGCUUUUAUUGCCCAGUUUUCUCUGGUGGGUCCCGUGUUUUGUUUCUAGGUGUCUGCUGAGAUAAAAUGAGGUUGUCUGUAGUAUUUAAAGCAAAAGGAUGUGGUGUUUUUUUUUUUAAUUAAGCAAUUCCAUUUGAUUGAAAAAUUCCACACAAAAAAUAAACACCGUCUACUCAGAGAAAUUCUCCUUGUUUUGU